AUGAGCAGCAGCACAGCAGAGCUGAAAUACAUAACCUCUCCAACGAGGUUCGUCACUGCUCUGAGAGGCACAGGUUUGGAAUCACCUCUUCGCUCUCCGUUUGGACAUUCGACCGACUUCGAUAUUUCCACAAGUGGUAUUGUCUUUCUUGCAAAAGAUGGACCGAGCUGUACAACCCAGCCUGCCAGUCUCAAUGUCUACUACAUUCCUCUCAAGACUUCUACUGAAAUGUCAAGGCCAAGACCUCAGAUCAUCAACAUAAAAGGCUUCGGAGGGCGGAGCUCCAACCCGGUAUUCUCUCCAAGCGGUAACUCUGUAGCGUUUCUGAAAAGGCGCGAGCUUGCAGACUCCAAUGACAGGAAACGAGUGAUCGUGGUUGACAACAUCCGUGACUUUCGAGCUCAUACGGCCAUUGACAAUAUGCCCACGCAGCAGAGUGAGAAAGACUGGCACUUGUCACCCUACAGUGUAGCUUGGAGUGACGAUGGCAAAGAGUUGUAUGUCGUUGCGGUGGAGACUGGUAUCCGGAGGCUGUUCAAGAUUCCUGCCAAUCUCUCUUCCAUCAAGACGGCGCCAGAACCCAUCACAAGCGAUAGCACUACGCCGGCGGAUGUGCGGCAUCUAAGAAUGGUGUUCUCUGCGCCAAUGGAUUUAACGCCAGAGCGCUCUCUGUGGGCUAGUAAAUCUAUCUUACGGCUAUUGUACGACCUGAUUCCCUCUGCUCUGCCUUAUGAGAUGAUGUCUUUUGCUGUUGAAGCAAAUUGGUGA